UGUCGCUUUUUCCUUAAGUGGAGGGUAAUUUAUUUAUUGGACAAACAAUUAUUUAAAAACUAUCGUUCUUGAGGGGUAAAUGCAUUUCAUGGACAGAGGAGGGCGGAAGAAAGGGAAGUAUUUUUAAUAAUUGAGUAAUUUGAGUCCACUGCGAGAGAGGUCAGCAUGUGAACCUCCAUGCUGCCUGGCUAAUUUUAACCUCCCUGCUUAUUCUCGUGCAAAUGCAUAGACCUGAACUGUUAACGCCAGACAGAGUAGGCCUAAACAUCUACGUUGACACAAGACUUCCAUACAUUACAGGGUAAUUGAUCAAAUUACAAUUCAAAACCAAUAUGAGUCGGCGGUCCCGCCCCCCCGCGGCCCCAGGGCUGCACCCCCACUGUGAGUCCUGCUACAGCCGGCGCUGCAGGGCCCGUCCGGAGGGCCCGGGGAGCUGCGCCCUGGCCCCGUGCCCCCUGCUCUGCGGAGCCGUCUUCCACCUCUGCAAGCAGGAGGAGCACGCGCUGCUGUGCCCCCGGCAGAGGCGGCCCUGCCUCAACGCGGCCUACGGCUGCCCCCACGCCAUGCCCCGGGCCGCGCGCGCCGCCCACCUGGCCUCCUGCCCCGCCAGCGUGGUGAGCUGCUCCAUGGAGUGGAACCGCUGGCCGGCCGACGACGCCCACUCCCACCCCCUCCGGGAGCUGCACGCCAACCUGCUGCGGGAGCAAGGCGGGGGGGGGCCCUCCCGGGACCUGGACCUGGCCAUGGCGCUGCGAGACCAGGACCACCUGUUCCACUCCCUCAAGAUGAAGAGCCUGUUCCCCGAGCUCUGCGCGGGGCGGGAGGACGAGGGGAGGAGGGGGGGGGAGGAGGAGGAGGAGGAGAGGGAGGAGCCCAACGUGGCGGAGAAGGGACGCAGGGAGGCGGAGAGGGGGGCGGUGCGGGCGGACGGGGCGGAGGGCGGCGCCACCUCGGACCACAUGAGCCGGAUCAACGUCCGGGUGCCGGGGGACGAGGCGGGGCCGAGGGCGGAGGAAGAGGAGGAGGAGGAGGAGGAAGAGGAGGAGCCCAGCCAGGAGGAGAGGGAGGCCCUGGCCAGGAGGUCCGGGGUGGACCCUGAGCUGCUGCAGAGCUACGCGGCGUGGGAGCGCAUGUUCAGCAUGGAGAAGGGCGGCUGCAGUGUGGCGGGCGGGGGGGCGGGGCCAGCGGCGGCCCGUCUGAACCGCGGCUCGGAGAAGGGGUCCGGGCUGGGCGCCCUGCCGGAGGAGGAGCCGGGGACCGCCCCUGCGGCGGCGGCGGCGGCCCGCGGCGCUCUGGCCGGCGGGUUCGUGUACGGCUACGUGGAGCCCAUGAAGAUCAUCAGCGUGCGGACCUUCCACGUGCCCACCAGCUUCAUCGCCCGGCAGGGCCGCAUCCGCAACCCGGGCUUCUACAAGAGGGAGAGCCGCGGCGUGGACACCAGCGACCUGGCGGCGGGGCUGGAGAACACGCCCGUGUGGGAGGAGGUCCAGGCGUCCUUGCUGUGCUCGCUGGAGAAGGAGCAUCGAGGUCACCUGAUCGCCGAGAGCACGUCCUUCGACACCCUGCUGCAGGACGAGGGCACCCAGACCUACCACUUCCUGUCGGCGCCGUUCCGGAGCACCGCGGUCCUGGCGGACCUGACGGAGGGCCGGACGGCGGAGCUGCACGUCCAGCUGCAGAUGGAGAGCGUGACCAGCCGCCACAACAAGGCCAGCUCCGCCUUCAGCUUCCUCUGCGGCCACAGCUUCCCGCGCAGGGAGUACACGCACCACUUCAGGAACGUCCACGCUGACGUCCAGACGUGUUUGAGCGGCUGGUUUGAGCAGAGAUGUCCCCUCUCCUACCUGGGCUGCACCUUCAGCCAGAGAAGGUUCCAGCCCUCCACCCAUAAAGCCACCGUCACCUACAACCAGGACCUGAGCUGCUUCAGCCUGCGCCCCCUCCUGCCUGAGGUCCCUCCAGGGCCCGGAGGACGGGACUCUCUGAGCGGGCUGCCCUACGAGGUGCUCUGCCACGUGGCCAGCUUCCUGGACAGCCUGUCCCUGUCCCAGCUGGCCCUGGUGUCCCGCCUGCUGAGGGACGUGUGCUCCUCUCUGCUGAGCGACCGGGGCAUGGUGACCCUGCGCUGGCAGAGGAGGACCGGCUCCCAGGGCCGGGCCGAGUGGAGGGUCGGGGAGAAGGUGUGGGAGUUCAGCACCCUGUUCUCCCCCGUCAGCCAGUGGUGCUUCCAGGACGUCCCGCACAUGUCCGAGCACAUGAAGGUGUGCCCCUUCUACCAGACGGAGCUCCGGACCCAGGGCGUUCCUCUGCCCUGCCUCGGGCAGGACGUCCGGACCAGGGCGCAACACAGCAAGCCCUCUCUAGUCACCACAUUUCCAAAGAAGAUCAUAAUGGAGCAUCUGAUGAAUUAGAUUGAUACAUUUGAUUCAACUUUUUUUUUCUUUCUUUAUUUUCAUGAUAUUAAUAUUUCGGAAACAUCCCAUGAUGGGCAUGUUACUCUGAUAAAUAAAGAGCUAUUUCACACAAUAA